AAUUUGAAUCUAUGGUUGUCAAAUUGAAUGUAUGGAAAAAUAUAGGUGACAUUUCUUUUUCAGACGACACCGACCGCAUCUCGCAGCACCUGGUGCAGGCAGCUCGCGAAGGCGGCUCGACCGAUAACAUCUCGGUGAUCGUGGUGCUCCUUCGGGACGCAUCACUUAUCGCCACCACUGCCUCAAACAUUAGCAUCCAGGCGGCUGUGACUGUUUCACAACCACAACUAUUGGACGCGACGGCCAUGGAGACAACCAUGGUCGAACAGCAAGGCCUGGUUGACAGCCAGGCCAACGAAGUGCAGAUGUUCAACGGGACAGAAAAGCAAAAGGAAGAGCAUAUGUUCGGAUUUGGGGAUAACUAUGCACAGAAUGGUACUGAUAUUUCACCAACAAAAGACAUGGAUUUCUACGAAAAAGAAAAAUCCAACGGCAAAAGACAAUUUGACGAUUCCGAUGACGACUUUGGACCAGAAACAGACGUUGACGCCGUAGACGACUCUCAGGCCUCGCCUUUUACCAUGGAUUUAGCUGCAAAGGGAUGUGAUAGUAAGAUGUUUGAAGGGGGAUUCCCACAAGAAGAUCAUAAUAGAAUGUUCGUCGGGAUUUCCAGCAUCCAGAAAAUAAAAUUUUUGAAGGAGAAUACCAGAGUCAAGAGAACAAAAUAUUCGAAGGGGAAUACCAGAGUCAAGACAGGAAACUAUUUGAGGAGGGAUUCCCACCGCAAGAAAACAAAGUUUUUGAAGAAAGUUUCCAACAUCAAGGUAACAGAAUGCUUGGAGGGGAUGAAACGCAAGAUAAUAGAAUGUUUGGAGGAGGCGAUGGCUUGGGAGAAUAUAAUGAAAUUUUUGGAGGGAAGGGACAUCCAGAAAUGUUUGAAGGGGGCGACAAGAUUUUGGGGGAGGAAGGGGAAGACAAUGACAUGAUCAAAGGCGAUGAAGGUGUUUGCAAUCCAUUCAUGGAACACAUGGAAAAAGCAGAAAAAGAGGACGGAGGCAUGAAAGAGAACAAAAAUGAAGAUGAAGAUCAGCAGAAGAUGGCCAGGGAAGAAACACCUACACCUCCUGUCGAUGCUGGAAAAGGAAAACGAUUUGUUAACUGUCACAUUGGCACUGAAGAUGGCUUUGUGCCCUAUGGGCAUUUGAGUCGAAGAACACGAGCGAUUGCCAUGAAGAAAUGGACGGGAGUUGAUUUGAAC